AUGCAUACCUCUUCCUUCUUCGUCUUCCUCGGCCUUCUCGCAUCGUUGAUGAGCAGUGCUAUAGCCACCACCUACUACCGAGGCGAUUCACGCAGUCCAAAGACAAUCAAGGAGGCCGGAGGAUUUAAGGCCAAGGGCUUCAACAACCCAGAGGGCACCUUGUUUGAGCACGUGGAAGGAACGUUGAAGCACCCUUCCAGGGACCCAUUCAUCUCUGUCUCAACCGAUAUCUCUGUCUCCGAGAACCAUGCUGGAAAUGGCUACCUUUACACCCUUGACUCCACCAAAAUCACCGAAAAGAUCUAUGAUGUAGCAGAAGCGUACAAGGAAGCAGGCAAAACGUAUGGACAUGCCGACGAAAAGGAAUCUUCGGUCGAACACUUGAUCCCUUGGACCGCAGUCACCAAGGUUCAGAAGAAGAAGGACGGGGAGUGGAAGACCCUCAAAAUGCCGACUAAGCGAGCAAUUGAAUUUCUCGCCGAAGAUGUCUUCGUGGAAUGA